AAUCGAUUCACAAAAUAAUAGUAAUCAUAAUCAAGCAAGCCAGCCCAGUUCAGCUUUUAUCUACAUUUUUAAAACCUUUAGAUUACUCUCUGCUAACAAAUUUUAAAGUUACUUAAACAUGUUGGAUAGCUACGCAAUAAGAGGCAGCCAAUCGAACAGAAUCAAAUCUAUUCAAGCAAUAGCUGCAGUGGAAAAGGCAAUGAAAAAAUACGGCAUUCCGAAGCCUCCCAAAGGACAACGUAGCAGAUUACAUCAUGAUCUGCCUAAGGAUCCCGAAGAGAAAGAGGCCGAAGUAUUGAAGAGGUUCAAAUACUCGAAUCUGCAUUCCAAGGCUGGUAAUGAAAUAGCUCAAAAAUUGAACGACCUGCUUGUGUACGCUGAAACCGGAAAAUCUUUGAAGUCAGAUUUAAUUGCACUAGCGGUAUUGUCACGACUAGAAUCGUUCGAGAAGGAAGUCAAAGAGUCCCAACGGACUGUACUUGCGACACAGAAAGAUCUAUUGUCAAGGAGAAAUUUCUCGUCCGAAUUUGGGAAGCAGCUCCUCAAGAAACGUAAAUCGGUCACGAAAAGAGAUCGCAGACUCGUUGAAGAUUUGAAAAUCCACGAAGAAAGGGGAUUUCUUCGUCGUAUGGCCGUGCCGUUAGAACAUGGAAAUUUGUACUCAAAUUCACCUCUGCCCAUAAAGCGACCACGCCAAACGAUAAAGUCAUCGUUAUGGAGAAACAUAAAUUUAUAUUCCGCAAAAGUCAACGCUAAGGUUCGUGAAGACAUCGACAAGUACAAGCAAUUCGGAUCGGCCAAAAAGCAACUGUAUUCGAUGCCGCAGUAUUUUGCAUACCGAGAACAGAAGGGUAUAAAAUUGCCGGCAAACCAAAUCAACGGACAACCGAAGAACAAAGACGGAAUCAAAGUUCGAGAUAACGAAACGAGAAUGGGACGUGUCGUUGCACGAGAAAUGGCGGAAAUAAAAAAGAUGGAAAAAUUAAACCAGAGACUGAUUCAACUGAAUCCACUGCGUUAUAGACCCAAUUCCGUAUAAAAAACGAAACACAAAAAAUUUAUGUCUGUGGUUACGUAAAAAUUCGUCUUAAAAGUAAAAAUUGC